GGACCGGGGCUCGCCGGUGGUGCGCCGUGUCCCCUAGUGUUGGUUUCGCGAUUUGGCGUGACCCUGCACUCCAGUUCGCAAUUUUUCACCCAUUCCGGUCGAUUCCUCGCGUCCGAGGAAGGGGAUAAAUCAUCACCGCUGAGCAACCUCGCCGGAGCAGCGGGCAGCUUCGAGAAGGUAAGGGUGGGGCAGAAGAGGCAGACGCUGGUGGCGAUGGCCUCCUCGUCGACCGCGGCGGUGGAGUCGGCCGCUUCAGGUCGCUGGAGACGGGGGUGCGAGCGUGGAUGGAGAAGCUGCCCACCCACAUCGAGGCCACGGUGUUCGGGGCCGUGCAGAGUGGCGCGCUCGGCGGGCUGAUGCGCACGUUCACGCCGGAAAUAUCGGCAGACGGCUCUCCGUGCCGUAGGCGCCGCCCAGGCUCGACUCCAUGGCCCUGCCAUCCUUGGAGCAAGUGCAGGUUCCCUCCUCCUCAUGUAUAGUUCCCCUCUUGUUACAGAUUUACACGGGGACUAUCAAUUUUUGUAAUUCCUGUGAUACUUUUGUCAAAGAUUGCAAAUGCUUUUGAGUUCAGUCCCAGUGACGAAUUUGUUCUCACAUAUACCGAUGAUGAUGCAAUUGAUUAUUUCUUGUUCCUUGUUCAUAGCUUGUUCAGCCAGUAGGUGCAAUCGAAUUAUUAUUUGUUAAUGUCCAAACUAAAAUCAGUAGUUAGUAUCUCAUUUAGAGAUGUAUUAUGUUUUCCUGACUGAUGCACCGUAUAAGCUGACUCUAAUUCAUGAAAUCUCCAUUGCAAGUUGUAGAUAAGCAGUAAAUUACUCUCAUCAGCUAGGCAUCAAGCAGAUUACAGCCCAUUGCAAGUUAUGGAGAAGCAGUAAGUUACUCUCAUCAGCUAGGCAUCGAGCAGAUUCAGUCCAUUGCAAGGUUUGCAGCUGGGAGAAUCCCAGAGAUUUAGAGUACCGCUUCAACAAGUUUCCGCUGAUUCAGCUGUAGUACCAAACUUUUUUGAUGGAUUCUGUUGGUUAAAUGUAUUAUGGAGAGCUUCCGCCUCCCUGUGGUGAUUCAGCUGGAUUUCCGUUGAACGGUUGAGGAAAGGCUCGUCGAGUCUCCAAUGGUUUUUUUUUCCAAGCGCCAGAUGCUCGCCGAUAUGGGUCGUGUGGAAGAAAAUUGUCCAAGCGCCCGACAAUUGAUUAAAUCUGUGCAGCAGAGCAGAAGGGAUGUGGGUCACGGCAUUGUGCUAGUGUUGCACUGCAGAAGAGGAGAUAACUUAACUCGAUGCAUAUCUGUCAUGAGGAGAAGAGAGAGGAAGCCUGUUAUUGUGAUUUUGCUUCAAUUGGAUUCCGACCAAGGUCAGAGUUCAUCAGGUCACCAUGGAGGGAUCAAAAAACUGAGUGUUCAGGAGGUACCAGUUGGUCAACAAUAAUGAACCCCAAUUCAUGCACAUUCUAUUAUUGGUCCUUGUUCUCCAAGAUCCGCAAAGCAUGCACAAGAGGAUUCCGUCAAAAUCGAGGUGCUGCGCCGGCAGCUGCUCCCGCUCGACGGUGGAGGGGUGGUGCCGAGAGGCGUGUCGCGCUGGGGCACACUACCUCAGUGCGGCCUUGGCCGCUGGUGGUGGAUCGAGUGGACGCCCCUCCUGAUGGGCAUGUUGCAGCGACUGCCCAGCUCGUGCCUCCCCUGGUUCGCAUGUACAACAAAGGGCUGGGUCGCACCCAGGGCCUGGACGUGGAAAAGCUAGCGCAGGCGGCCAUGAACGCUGGCACUAUGGGCGAGGACUGCACCUUUCCCUUCUCUGGGCAAGGAUUGUCUCUGCCUUCCUCCGGUGGACACGAUAUCUACUCGAGCUCUGCUUGGAUCCAAUCAGGGAACCCGAAGGCGUGGAUGGUCCGCGACGAGGCCCUCGAUCUCCCCGACCGGCCCGCUUUUGAUUAUAAGGGUGAUUUGUUAGUUGUUUUUUAAUCUAGACGUUGAGCUUCAGUUAGUUUAGCUGUUUGCACUUUCA